UUUUGUUUCUCUUUGGAGGCCUUUCAGAUGCAGACAGAAUGCUGAUCAGCUGAAGAGGGGAAAGCACCGGAUGGACGUGGCCAUGCCGCCCUUCUUUCAUAUCCUCUGCUUUACAAGCUGGGCUUGGGAGCGCUGAAGGGCAGCCCAGGAUACCCAUCUGCAAGGAAAGAGACCUCUCCCCUUGCUAGUCCCAAGGGAAGAAGAGUGCAUCGCUGGGGAGUUCAUUUCCCUUCCCUGGUGCUGGAUCCUAUCUCCACUCUCCCCUCAUAAUUCCUGUGACUGAGACCCGUCUCUGAACCAACACAGGCCUCAGGGGCUGCAGGAGUCUGUGUCGCUGGGAUGGGACGCCCACAGCUCCUGCUACUGGCCUUUGCUUUCAUUCUCCCGGAUCCUGUCGACUCUCAGCAAUGUUCGUUGGGGAGCCCUUCGCUGAGCCUUCAGUUUGCUGAUGUGGGUGCUGAACAGCGGGUUCCUGCCCACCACCAGGCUCCUGGAUCUAUGGAUCCCCUCUACAACCUUGUCCAGAGCUACCUCGAUGUGGUGCAGCAGAACCCUUUCCCCACAGAGCUGCUCAGGGAUGCCUUCAGUGACCCACCGUCUGCUAGUACUUCUCAGAUCCUCCAGUAUCAAGCAGGAUACAUAAUCUGUGCCACGAUUGCUGUCAUAUAUUUUGUGGUGGUGCCCCUGACCGGGUUGAGCCUCUGCUGCUGCAGGAAGCACAAGCGCUGUGGUGGGCGGAUCAAGGCAUACCGCCGCUCCCUCCUCUGCCAGCGCAAUCUUCUCAUGUUCUGCCUGCUCCUGACCACUCUUGUCAUCCUGGGUGGCGUUAUUUGUGCUUUUGCUGCCAAUCAGAAGGUGAAAGAAGAGAUGGAGCCUGGCACCCGAGAUGCACUAAACACCCUUCAGGCUUUGAGGAAUCACAUGAAUGGGGUCCCCCGAGGAGUUCAGCUGACGAUAGAGCAGUUUGCAGUUCCCAAAGAGCAAAUUCUCAGUGACCUGAACAAUGUCAGCUGGAGCAUUGGCAACACCAUCCACUUCCUGCUCAAGGGGACUGUAUAUUCUGCCCUGGAUGCCAUGAAGGCCAGAGUUCAAGACCUGCUGAACUCACUGCACCAUUUACAGACUAUCGACAACACUGUAAAGACACUGAUCCAGUAUCAGGAUGAGCUGGACUCGACCCUGAAAGACCGAAAACAAAGCAUCGUUCCCCUUCUAGAGAAUCCACAGUGCACCUACUGUGCUGGCGCCCUGAGCAGAGCUCAGAGUUUGGAGUUGGGUGCUGACUACCGCAAAGUACCUUCUGUAGAAAAGGUUUUGAAAACCUUGCAUGGUCUCCCCAAGGCUAAUUUCUCAGGAAUGAUCUACCGGGCCAACAGCACCUUUAAUUCCAUCCCAGAGCUAGCUGUGGUGAAGAUGGCUGAGGUUGUCCGAGACCUCAAGGAGGAAAUAGAGAAGGCAGCCAGAAAGGUCCAGUCAAUUACAGAUGACUUCCCAAUCUCAGACCAAACCCGUCCCAUGAAUGACGCUCUGGUGAAGGCAGAGAACAAUAGCCGGCCUUACUUUAUCGAGGUGAAACGCUAUGAGAGAUACAGGUGGAUUGCAGGUGUCAUUGCAUGUACUGUUAUCCUGAUGGUCGUCUGCUGCAACAUCCUGGGGCUUGCCUUUGGCACUUACGGGCUGGUCUUGCGAGAGGAUCCCAGUGACUAUGAAAGGAGGGGAGAAGCUGGAGCCAAAUUACUCAUUAUUGGUGUCGGUUUCAGCUUCCUCUUCUCCUGGCUACUGAUUCUCUUGGUCAUUGGCACAUUCCUGGUUGGGGGAAACGUCCAGACUUUGGUCUGCAAGCACUGGGCCAAUCAGGAGAUCUACCAGUUCAUUGACGCACCUGGCAACUUGCCUCCUUCCAUGAAUGUCAAGCAGCAUCUUGGCCUGAAGAAGAACCUCAACGUGACAACUGCUUAUCAGCAAUGUAAGCAUGGGGCCGGCCUCUGGGAAGUUCUGCAGCUGGAAGACAAUUACAGCCUUAAUGAGCAUCUCCAUGUUGCCAAGUACACUGCAGAGUUUCAGAAGCGUCUCGACAAUUUCAACAUCCGCUUUGAAGACAUCGUCCUCUUAAAUGCAGAAGGGAAGCAGGACCUGGAGACCUUCAGAGACAGCAAGAUUGGCCUGGUGGACUAUGCAGGCUUCACAGCAGAGAUACGCAACCCUGUGGUGAAGACAAAUGUUGACGGUUUUGCAGUGGAUCUUGAGAAACUUAGCAGAGUUCAGAGUGACAGAAUUCUGUCAGAACGGCUGACUGAGGAAGCCCAGAAGCUCAAGAAAAUUCAGAACGUGACAAUCCUCAUGAUGGAGGGCCUCGUGGCCAAGCUGAAAGCAAGUGUCCACUACUUAUCAACAAUGGCACCCGGCGUCCAGGCUCAAAUCAACGAUACCGAGUCUCAGAUUGGCCAUGUCGAGACCAGUCUCCCCUUGCAGACUCAGAGAAUCCUGCGGGAGGAGUUGGAUUGCUUUGUAAGAAAAGAGGUGGAGUACAUUUCCCAGUACCUGAACUGGUUGAGGAGUGCACUAACUGAGGAUGUUGCUUCAUGCAAACCCUUCUCCACUGCUCUAGACAAUGGCCGGGUGAUCUUGUGUGACCGCAUUGCAGAUCCCUGGAAUGCCUUCUGGUUCAGCCUGGGCUGCUGCACCUUCUUCCUCCUCUUCAGCAUCUUCUUGGCCAUCAAGACCACCAAGCAUUUCCGUCCCAUCAGGCACCGAUUAGUUUCUACCGGAUCAGAGGAAACCUAUCCCUUCCACAUUCCACGAGUAACGGCUCUGCGGCUGUAAGGAACUCUGCCAAGAUAUCCAGUUGUAGGAAUUGCUACAGGAAAGGGCCUGGAUCCUUCCAAGACUGGCCCUCCAUGCUCUGUGAGCUUCUGUUGCAGCGACAUCUCUUGGACUGAACCCUUUUUCGUGACUCGCCUCUCACAAAUUUGGCUUUCCCCCCCAAAGUUUCCCUUACUGGUGCUCCUCAAAGACAGUAAUCAGAUUUGUAGAUGAUGGCAAGGCAGUUGAUGCCCACCUCCUCCCACCCUCUUCAUUGCUCCUCUUUCUGAUGCCACCUGGUGGAUCAAGUAUUAUGUGGCAACCUUACCCUUCCCAAAAGGGGAUACAUUCAAAACUCUAGUGCCUGAUUCACUGCUUGCAAUUGAAAGCUGUUUUUAAUUUUUUUGUUUGUUUUUAAAUAACAUAGAUGGGAGAAAUCCCCCAACUAGUGCAUGGUAAGAGUUGCGGUUGUGCUUUCUCGGGGGGUCUACUGUAGCUGAUAUUGGCCAAAGUUAGAGGAAUGGUAGUGAGGAAAUCCACCCUCUUCUAUCAUAUUCAACUUGCAGCAACUUUGGACUUCAAGAGACAGUUGCCGGUUAGCUCCUCCUCACCCCAAUCACUGCUGAUGUGAAUUCACCCUGUUUUCCUUUGCUUCUCCUUGGUCAAAACAUGUAUUCUGAACAAGCAGCAUGGCAUGCCGGGGAUAGUUUCUUGAACAAAACAACAUCAGAAGAAUCCAGCUGCUUGAUCAGGCCAAGGCCCAUCCAGUCCAGGUUCCUGUCCUUGCAGUGGCCAAGCGGGGGGCAUGCAGGCGGGACCUGAGUAGACUGUCAAAAGUAUCAACCUCCUUCUGUGAUCAAACCCCAGAUUCCAAAUUUAAGGAUCUUUUUAGAGAGAACACAUGGAGGUAAAAGGGGUGAGGAAGAAAACAGACAAGGCAGCAUAAACAAAACAAAACAAUUUCCUCUCUAACAUAGCCUAGACUACACAGCGGCUCUUCCAGACCGAAGCCUUUCCCAGCUCUAACUGGAAACGCCGGGGUUUGAACCUGGGACCAUGCAAGGCAAGAUGUUCAGCCACUGAGCUAGGUUCCUUCCCCUGUCUUCUCUGUGGUACCGCCUGCCAUGUAUACAGAGGGGUAAUACAAUGCUUAUUUUUAGCAAAAUUCCUUUGCAUGCCACACCAGCAAGAAGCAUCUCAAGCGCUGCUGUUCACUGGUGCUGUGCAUGUAGGAGUGUUGCUAAAAAUAGGCAUGUUGUUCUGCCCUUUGGAUAGGCGUGCGAGGAGUGCCACACAGAAAGAAGAUGUCCCGCUCCUACACGUGCAUGAAGCUCCCAUGGAUCGAGAGCCCUGUGGAAACAGCGAUCCAAUCUGUAUCGUGUAUGAAUAGCUGCUUCCAUUUGCUCUGAACUCUUUGAGAAGAUUGGCCUAUAAAUAAAUAAGGCGAGAGGCAUGCUUAAAAGAUGUAUCAAA